CACAGCCUGAACCACACGGGGCUGAGAGAGAGAGAGAGAGAGAGAGAGCGAGAGACACAGAGAGAGACAGAGAGAGGGAGAGAGAGAGAGGGAGGGAGAGAGCAUCCUCGGGAUGUAAACAGCGGGAAUCGCGGACAGCUCGUAAAUAAAAUUCCGUAGCAGAAAUAGCGGCAAGCGUUCGGGGGAAGAGGCUUCGCUCCCUGCAGCUGGUGAGAGGCGACAGAGACGCAGAAACUGCCUGCUUUUCCCCGGGAAUCCAGAGGCUGCUGAAACGGAAGCUUCCUGCAGAUUAAAAAAAAAGAAAAACCAGCCUGGCAUUUUAUCAUCCCUCCCUCCCUCCCUCCUCUCUGUGGAUGUCAGCGGCGCACACAUAUGAAGGGCAAAGCAUCCUGGGAAGAGCUCGGAGGGCAGAAUGGCGCGCUAUAAGGACGUGUCCGUCAAAAAGACCACCUCUCUCAACCUGGUGACGGGAUUUUUCCAGUACCUCCGCGAUGAGCAGGAAGCCGUACAGAAAAGAACUUUCACCAAAUGGAUCAACUCCCACCUGGCCAAGCGCAAGCCCCCGCUGGUGGUGAACGAUCUGUUCGAGGACAUUAAGGAUGGGGUGAAGCUCCUGGCCCUCCUGGAGAUCCUCUCGGGACAGAAACUGCCCUGUGAGCAAGGCCGGCAGCUUCGGCGGAUCCACUGGGUAUCCAACAUCGGGACGGCGCUGAAGUUCCUGGAGGGCAGAAGGUCUGUGUACCGAGGAUCCCCGAUAAAGCUGGUCAACAUAAACUCCACGGACAUUGUGGACGGAAGACCGUCCAUCGUCUUGGGGCUGGUGUGGACCAUCAUCCUGUACUUCCAGAUCGAGGAGCUGACCAGCAACCUGCCGGCGCUGCAGGCCCUGUCCAGCAGCACCUCCUCCGUGGACAGCAUGGCUAGCUCGGAGACGGGCAGCCCCCCCGUGAAGAGGAAGGUCAUCACCAAGUUCCAGGGCAACGCCAAGAAGGCCCUGCUCCGAUGGGUGCAGUUCACGGCCGCCAAGCGCAUGGGUAUCGAGGUGAAGGACUUCGGGCCCAGCUGGCGGAGCGGAGUGGCCUUCCACUCGGUCAUCCACGCCAUCCGGCCGGACCUGGUGAACAUGGAGCACGUGCGGAGGCAGUCCAACCGGGAGAACCUGGAGGAGGCCUUCUCCCUGGCCGAGAACGAGCUGGGCAUCCCGCGGCUGCUGGACCCGGAAGACGUGGACGUGGACAAGCCCGACGAGAAGUCCAUCAUGACGUACGUGGCCCAGUUUCUGAAGCACUACCCGGACCCCCACGGCACGGAGACGGACGGACAGGAAGAGGAGAGAGAGCAGCGCAAGGUCCUACGAGAGAUGAAGACCUGGCUGGAACAGCUGGAACGGGACGUGGGGCGGGCCCAGGGGACAGAGGGAAGCCUGACCGAAAAAUACCAGGCCUUCAAGACGUUCCGCGUGCAGUUCGAGGUGCGGAGGAAGCAGGCGGACGUCCUGCUGCAGCCCACGCAGAGGGACGCUAAGCUAACCGUGGACCAGGCGCUGGUCAAACAGGCGUGGGACCGCGUCUCUGCCAGGCUCCUGGACUGGCACAUCCAGCUGGACAAGGCGCUGCCGGCGCCACUGGGCGUGAUCGGGGCGUGGCUGCACCGGGCGGAGCUGGCGCUGCGGGAGGACGUGGCCGUGCAGCAGGCGCACGAGGAGACAGCCAACGCCGUGCAGAGGACCCUGGAGCAGCACAAGGAGGUGCUGAAGAACCUGGAAGGACACAAGCAGACCUUUCAGCAGAUUCACAGAGACCGUUCGGUGAACGGGGUUCCCGUGCCCCCCGAACAGCUCCAGGACAUGGCCGAGAGAUUCAAUUAUAUUUCUACGUCAUCUCACGUCCACCUGAUCAAACUGGAAUUCUGGGAAAUGAAGUACCGUCUGCUGGCCUUUCUGAUGCUGGCUGAGUCCAAGCUCAAGUCUUGGAUAAUCAAAUAUGGCCGCCGAGAAUCGGUGGAGCUCCUGCUGCAGAACUACAUUACGUUCAUCGAGGGACACAAGUUCUUUGAGCAAUACGAGACGACGUACCAGACUCUCAAACAAGCCGCUGAGGUAUACGUGAAAUCCGACAAUUCAGGUUUUGAGAUUGUAAGGAAAGCCGAGGAGGGGGAGGGCGUGAGCAGGUUCCUGAGCGAGACAGCGGCGCAGUGGCGGAACCUGUCGGUGGAGGUGCGCAGCGUGCGCAGCAUGCUGGAGGAGGUCAUCUCCAACUGGGAGAAGUACAGCAGCACCGUGGCCGGCCUGCAGGCCUGGCUGGAGGACGCCGAGAAGAUGCUCAACCAGCCGGAGAACGCCAAGCGGGAGUUCUUCCGGAACCUUCCGCACUGGAUCCAGCAGCACACGGCGAUGAACGACGCGGGGAACUUCCUGAUCGAGACGUGCGACGAGACGGUCUCCCGGGACCUGAAGCAGCAGCUGCUGCUCCUCAACGGGCGGUGGAGGGAGCUGUUCGUCAAAGUCAAGCAGUACGCCAGAGCGGACGAGGUGGACAAAAUGCGGAAGGACUACCAGGACGGGAUCUCCUCGCUCAAGAGCUUCGUCGACGCGGCCGGCGAAAAGAUGAGCGCCCCCGUGCAGGUGUCCUUCCUCAACGUGCGCACGUUCGUCCAGGACAUCGAGGAUAUCAAGCACAAAGUGCCAGCCAUGGAGUCUCAGUACAAGAUGGCUGCCCGCAACGCCCAGCUGCUGACCAAGGACACGCCACAGGAGGAGGUCGCGCAGAUGCUGGCUGCCAUGGCAACCAUCAAGGAGCAGCUGAGCAAGAUAAGGGAGCGGUACCUGCCCCUGCUGCGGGAAGCCCAGGCGCUGCUGUCCCCGCUGGAGGAGAUGGAGAAGCAGAUCACCAGCUUCUACCAGUCGCUGGAGAAGGCCAGCCGCAUCACCGCAGCCCGCGACUCCGAGGCCUCCUCAGACUUCAAACACAAGUGUCAGGACCUGCUGACGUACCAGCAGAGCUGUAAGAACUGCCUGGCCGUGAUCGAGAGGCACCACCAGACCAUCCAGAGGGCGCUGAGCAGCACCAAGACGCUGAGCCACCUGGACAGAUCCCUCCUGCACAAGAGAGUGACUGACCUGCAGGCCACCUUACAGGCCAUGGUGAAGGAGGCGGCGGAGUGGAGGAAGCACCUGGAGGCCAACAGCAGCCUGAUGAAGCGGUUCGAGGAGUCACGGGUGGAGCUGGAGAAGGUGCUGAAGGCGGCGCACGCCGCCCUGAGGGAGAAGGGCAACCCGGAGGAGCUCCUGAAGAAGCACACCGAGUUCUUCGGUCAGCUGGACCAGCGGGUGCUGAACGCCUUCCUGAAGGCGUGUGACGAGCUGACGGACAUUCUGCCCGAGCAGGAGCAGCAGAGCCUGCAGGAAACCGUCCGGAAGCUCCACAAACAAUGGAAGGACGUGCAGGCGGAGACGCCGUACCACCUGCUGCACCUGAAGGUGGAGGUGGAGAGAAGCAGGCUGGUGGCCUCCCUGCAGGAGUGCCGGGCGGAGCUGGCCCGCGAGAACAAGGCCCUGCCCACCUCCGGCAGCGAGAGGCUGGUCAAGGAGCACCGGGCCUUCUUCCGGGAGAAGGGCCCCCAGGCGCUGUGCGAGAAGCGGCUGCAGCACAUGGAGGAGCUGUGCCAGAAGCUUCCGGAAGGCGACUCGGCCCACCGGACCGCGGAGAGCAGCAGGAAGGCCCUGGACGAGGUCAAGGCGCAGAUCGACUCCACCUACCAGAAGCUCCAGCAGCACCCGGACAAGUGGAAGGAGUUCAACUCCAGGUUCUCCGAGCUCUCCGCUUGGCUCUCGUCCAAGGAGAGCCAGCUCCGGCUCCUCAGGAACCGGGCCAGCGACCCCAGCAAGUACGGCCAGGUCAGGACCACCAUCGAGGAGCUUCGGCGGGACGCGGAGGAGCAGGAGGGUAACCUGGGAUGGCUGAAGGCCCGUUUGGCCGCCCUGAUCGAGGUGUGCACCGACGGCGAGGCCAAGAAGCAGGGAGCGGCCCUCACCAAACUCUCCGCCGACUUCAAAGCCCUCAUCUCCUCUCUGACUGAGUCGGAGAAGGUGGUGUCGGCGGUGGGGGACUGCGUGCAGUUCCGGGGGGAGGUGCGGAGCACGCUGGAGGAGCUGCUCCAGGGCCAGCAGGAGGCGGAGGCGGAGGCCCGCAGGAUCCUGGACACUGAGAGCGUGAGGGAGGCCCAGCAGCUCUUCCUCAUCUACCAGCAACAGCUGAAGCACCUGCGGGCGAAGAGGAAGGAGGCGGAGCUGCAGAUUUCGCGGGGGCAGCAGCUGCAGGUGGAGGGGGUGCUGAGCUCCUCCCUUCAGCCGGACCUGCAGAAGCUGGAGGAGACGCUCGGCAAGAUGGACCAGACCACCGAGGCGCAGGAGCGGGGUCUGCAGGCGACCCUGGAUGCAUGGCAGCAGUUUGAGAGCGAGCGGGAGCAGCUGCAGGAGUUUGUGGGCAAGGCCGGCUCUGCCCUGGAGAGGGAGCUCACCUUCAGCAGCCUGGAGAGCCUGACUACAGAGCUGCAGCAGGCCCGGGAGCUGAGCAGGCAGAGCGAGCUGCAGGCUGCGCAGGUGGACGUCCUCCUGAAGAGGGCAGCAGAGAUCCAGCUGGGCCCGAAGAACCAGGCUGAGCUCCAGCAGCAGGCCCGGUCCCUCAGCGAGCAGGCCCAGCGCGUGGGGGAGGGGCUAAAGAAAGACGUUAAGCAGCUGGAGACGAUGAAAGCUCAGUGGGAGAGGUUCGGGAGCGACUUCGAGGACUUCUCCUCCUGGAUCUCUGAGAAGGAGAAGGUUCUAGAUUCAUUGAGCACCUCCUCCAACCCCCUGGAGUCCCAGAUCAACACUGUGAAGGCUGUGGGGGCGGAGCUCGAGGAGCGGGUGUCGGUCCUGCCCCGCCUGGAGGCGGAGUCUCAGGCGCUGGGGCAGUUUGUGUCGUCGGGGGAGGCGGCGCGGAUCAAGGCGCGGCUGACGCAGAUCGGACGGUACUGGGAGGAGCUGCGGGAGAGCGCGGAGCAGCUGGGGGGGCAGCUGCAGGAGAGCGCCUCCCACCUGCACAGGUUCAACAGCGGCCUGGGACAGGUGAAAACAACAAUGGACGAGCUCAAAGACAAGCUGGACAGCCCUGUCACCUCUUGUACAUCAUCAUCAGAGACCUACAGAGCCCUCCAGAGCCAUAUGGAUGUGACCCAGGCUCUGGAGCAGCUGAAGGCCCGGCUGCAGGCCCUGUCUGCGGGGCUGCGCAGGCUGGGGGACCGGGCCCAGCCGGAGAGAGAGGUGGCCGAGCUGCAGCAGGGGUACGAGGGCGCCCUGCGCCUGGCCAAGGAGAAGCAGGCCCGGCUGGAGAACCUGCUGUCCCUCUGGCAGAGAUACGAGAGGGAGCGCUCCGGCUUCCAGGCCUGGAUAGAGAGGUGCGAGUCUCUGUGCUGCUCGGAGUCCCAGUGCCUCUCUGCAGAUAAAACCAAGCUGCAGUCCGAGCUGCAGGCUGUUCAGGACCUGCAAUCUGAAGUGCCAUCGCAUGAGUCCAUGUACCAGGGCCUGGCCAGUCUGGGGGUGUCCCUGCACCCCACGGCGUCUGAGGAGACGGUGAAGGAGCUCACGGACGAGCUCCAGCAGCUGGAGAGGAGGUGGGGAGCCCAGAAGGAGGCCAUACCUCACAGGAUUGAGAAGCUGCAGGCCCACAUAUCCCAGGUGGAGAAGUUUGACGAGGCCUUGCUGCAGGUGUCCCAGUGGAGCCAGGACUUCCUGGACGAGCUGCAGGCCAACUCCCUCGUGGACAUCACGGACCUGCAGGCGGCCGACGCCCACAUUAAGGAGAGGACGGCGCUGCUGCAGACGCAGGCGGGGGCGCAGGAGAGCCUGCAGCGGCGGGCCGACGCCCUGUGCGCCGCCUGCGACCCGGCGGACCUGCAGCUGCUGCAGGGGCGGCGCGAGGACUGCCUGCAGCCCUUCCUGGAGGCCCGGCGGCUGGCCCAGCGGCGGGCCGACGCCCUGGAGCGGCUGGCCGCCUUCCUGCGGACGCGGGCCGCCGCCCGCCAGGUCCUGGAGGGCCUGCGCCGGACGGUGGAAGGCUCCGGAAGCUGGGACCGGGGCCGGGCCGAGGCGCUGCGGCGGGAGCUGGAGGGGGCGGCGGUGCCGGACGUGGGGCGGCUGGAGGCGCAGGCGGCGGGGCUGGACGGCCAGCUGAGCAAGGCGCACUACCACCUGUGCGAGGGCGGGGCCGAGCGGCGCGCCUCCUGCCGGGCGCUGGCCGACGCCCUGGCCGCCGCCCUGGAGGAGGUGCAGAGCGCGCUGGGCACCCGGCAGAGCGAGGCGGAGGCGCUGGGCCAGCUCUGGGCCUCCUUCCGCCAGCGCAAGGAGCAGCUGCUCCGCGGCGUGGAGGACGUGGAGGAGAAGGCCUCCCAGCAGGGCCUGAGGGAGCCCAGCCUGCCCGCCCUGCAGCACAGGCUGCGGUUCUUCGCGCAGCUGGAGGACGAGCUGAACUCCUUCCAGCACGAGGAGCAGUGGCUGCGGGACCGCGGGCAGCAGCUGGCGCAGCGGGACGGCGAGCAGGCGGAGGAGGCGCUGCGCGAGAUCGCCAUGGUGACGUCCUCCUGGGACGCCACCAGGAGGCUCAUCGCCGACAGUCAGGAGCAGUGCGGCGCGCUGGUGGAGCUGAUGAGGGAGUACCAGAGCCUGCGCUCCAGCGUGCACGGCGUGGUGGACGCCGCAGAGACCGUCGCCGAGAUCAAGACUGCCCCGAAGGACCAGGAGGACAUCCGGAGGCUGCUGUCCCGGCACGAGGCGGCCAAGGUGGAGAUGGUCGGAGGCCAGGAGCACCUGGACCAGUUCACCAGCAAAGGGAAGCACCUGCUGAAUGAGCUGAAGAAGAUUCCGGACUGUGAGACCCAGCUGAUCCGGAAGGACAUGGACGCCAUCGUAGAUCAGUGGCUUGACGUCUCUGAGCGUCUGGAGGAGAACAUCGAGCGCCUGCGCAAGGGCGCCGCCCUGUGGGAGGACGUGCGGAAGAUGGACGAGGAGGUGGACGGCUGGGCCAGUGGCUCGGUGGCGGAGCUGAGCGAGAGCCUGAGCAACUUCAGCAGCGGCCAGAGGAUGGAGGCGCGCCUCGCCCACUUCCAGGUGGAGGUGGAGGCUAAGGAGGCUCAGCUGGAGGCCCUGCAGGUGAAAGUGUCCGAGCUGAAGCAGCUCACCCGAAACCCGGAGACGCCCACCGAGCUGCAGGUUAUGGAGGCGGACCUGAGGAAGAGGAUCGGCCAGGCGCAGGAGAUCUCCGAGCAGGCCCGGAGCACCCUCCAGGACUUCAGCUCCCAGAAGCAGCAGCUGGAGGACUUCAUUUCCCAGAUGACCCAGUGGCUGGGCAACGUGGAAGACUCCCUGGGGGCUCCGCCCCAGGGCUCCGACCUGGAGCACAUCUGCAGGGUGAAGGACAUCCAGAAGGAGCUGCAGAACCAGGAGGGCGGCAUCGACGCCACGCGCGAGAACCUGAGCGCCCUGUGCAGGAAGUACCCGUCCGAGGAGCUGGGGCGGCUGGGCGCGCGGCUCACCGACCUCAUCAAGCGCAACGAGGCGGUGAGCCAGCGCUGCGCCCGCACCCUGGGCUCCCUGCAGGACGGCCUGCAGCAGCGCUUCAACGAGUUGGUGCAGCAGUUCCACGGCUGGCUCUCCAAGCUGAAGGAGGGGGUGAAGGGGUGUGCGGACCAAUCCGGAGACACCGUCGUCAUGGAGAACAAGCUUUGCAAGCUCAAGGAGGCGCUGGAGCGGGUGGAGGAGGGCGAGACGCGGCUGACGCAGGUGUGCGAGGAGGGGGAGAAGCUGCUCCUGCACCUGCCCAAGGCCAGCGCGGGACAGGUGCAGCUGCAGCUCUCCUCCAGCCAGCAGGACUGGGACAGCUUCGUGGAGCAGUGCCGGCAGAACCAGCAGGACCUGGAGGAGAGCGCCGCCCUGCUGACCGGGUUCGAGGGCCGUCUGAAGAGGCUCAGCGCCUGGCUGGAGCAGAUGGAGGCGAGCGCCAAGGCGGAGCUGAGGGCGGAGAGCAAGCAGCACAUCCCGGAGAAGAAGGAGGAGCUGGAGAGGGUGGAGGAGUUCCACAAGGAGCUGCAGAAGGAGAGAGACUCGUUCGAGCGGCUGUGCCAGGAGGCCCAGGGCCUGAGCGAGAGCGGGCGAGGGGACGGGGGCGAGGUUCGGGAGACGUCCCGGCUGCAGGGCAGGUACCACGCCCUUCUGAAGGACGCCAAGGACCGUCUGCGCGGCUGCCACGCCACACUGCAGGAGCACCAGGCCUUCGAGGAGACGCUGCAGGGCACCUGGGCCUGGCUGAAGGGCGUGCAGGAGCGCCUGGCCUCCCUCAAGAGCACCUCCGGCAGCAAGGAGGCGCUGGAGAAACGGCUGGCGCAAGUACAGGACAUCCUGCUGAUGAAGGGUGAGGGCGAGGUGAAGCUGAACAUGGCGGUGGGGAAGGGUGAGCAGGCCCUGCGGAGCAGCAGGGAGGAGGGGCGCGAGGCGAUCCGCUCGCAGCUGCAGAGCCUGAAGGACAUGUGGGCCAACGUGCUGAUGACCUCCAUCAGCUGCCACAGCCGGCUGGAGUGGACGGUGGCGCAGUGGAGCAGCUUCCAGGAGGGCGAGGGGCAGCUGCGGCAGUGGAUGGAGUCGGUGGAGCAGGAGGUGGGGGCGCCCCACCCGCCCCAGCCGGGGCUGAAGGAGAAGGCCGCCCUGCUGGAGCGCUUCCGGGCCGUCCUGGCCGACGUGGAGGGCCACGCCCCCGCCCUGGCCCGCCUGACCGAGCGGGCCGCCGAGCUGCACGCCAAAACCGCCGACCCCGCCUUCAGCGAGGAGGCCCGGGCCGAGCUGCACACGCACUUCGCCGACAUCGCCGCCGUCGUCAAGGGGAAGGUGAAGGCGAUGGAGGACGUGGUGGACGAGCACGAGCGCUACCUGGAGGCGGCGCGGGACCUGACGGACUGGCUGGCGUCCGCCAGGGAGGAGCUGCAGCGCUGGGCGGACGCGACCGGAGACGCCGCGUCCCUCCAGAGGAAGCUCUCCAAAGUGCGGGAGCUGAUAGACUCUCGGCAGCGGGGCCAGGAGCGUCUGAGCCGGCUGCAGCGCAGCGCCGAGGCGGCGCGGGAGCGCACGGCGGCCGCCGGCUGCGAGCUGAUGGACCGCGAGGAGGCGGGGCUGCGCGGCGCCUGGGAGCAGUGGGAGAGCGCCGCGCUGCGCGCCCGCAACGGCCUGGAGGGGGCGCUGUCGCAGAUGGCCACGUCCGAGCGGGAGUUCGGCGGGCUGGCCGAGCGGCUGGAGGGCGACCUGCAGGAGCUGGGGGGCCGGCUGCGCGACUGUGGGCGCCAGCUCGCCCAGGCCGAGGGCAGGAACAGCUGCGAGGAGGCCGUCCAGGGCUGGCAGGUCGCUAAGGACAUUCUGGAAGGCCUGCAGAGUGUGGAGCCCAUGGCCGACGGCCUGAAGACUCAGCUGAACGAUCUCUGCCGCUUCUCCAGGGACCUGGGCGUGCAGUCAGAGAGAGUCUCCGCCCUCAUCAAAGAGUACAACAGCCUCAGCCUCCAGGCUUCCCGGGAAUGCCAGAACAAAGAGAAGCUUCUGGAGCAGCGAUUCCGCACGGCGUUCCGGGACUUCCAGCAGUGGCUGGUGAACGCCAAGAUCAACACGGCCAAGUGCUUCGACGUCCCGCAGAACAUCUCCGAGGCCUCUGGCGGCCUGGCGAAGAUACAGGAGUUCCUGACUGACCGGGAGGAGGGCCAGGGCAAGCUGAACGCCGUUGUCCACAAGGGGGAGCUGCUGAGCAGCAUCGUGGCCAAAGACAGAGUGGAGACCAUCAGGGCCAAAGUGAGCAGCGCCAGAGACGACUGGAAGAGCCUGAUGACCAACCUGCACAAACGGGAGACCGCCUUACAGAACCUGCAGUCCCAGAUGCGUGAUUUCGAGGCCAGCGCUGAGCCCCUGCAGGAGUGGCUGAACGGAACGGAGAGCCUCCUGCAGGAGAGCAGCACGCGCCUCCACGACCUCCCCGCCAAAAAGCAGGAGCUGCACAAGCUCCAGUCGGUCCUGGAGGAGAUCUCCUCCCAGGAGGCGCAGCUGGGGCGGCUCAGGGAGAAGGCCCAGCAGCUGCGGGAGGGCCAGGCUGCGGGGAAGAGCUUUGCGCACCGCGUGGCUCAGCUGUCUGCGCAGUACCUAGCUUUAAGCAACCUCACCAAGGAGAAGGCCUCACGCAUCGAGAGGGUCGUCGGCGAGCACCAGCUCUUCUCCCAGGGCCUGAGGGAGCUGCAGAACUGGGUGGCCGACGCCAACCACAUGCUGCAGAGCUACUGCUCCCCCACCGCCGACAAGAACGUCCUGGACAGCAGGAUGAUCAAGCUGGAGGCCCUGCUGACGGCCAGGCAGGAGAAGGAGAUCCAGCUGAAGAUGCUGAUCACCCGGGGGGAGUCCGUGCAGAGGAACACCUCCCCCGAGGGCGUCCCCGUCGUCCGAAAACAGAUCCAGGACCUCAAGGACUCCUGGGACUCCCUGCUGUCCGCCUCCAUCCAGUGCAAGAGCCAGCUGGAAGGCGCCCUGUCGCAGUGGACCAGUUACCAGGACGACGUGCGGCAGUUUGUGAGCUGGAUGGAGCGGGUGGAGGAGAGCCUGGGCAGCGCGGAUAAGCAGUACUCCGAGAUGCGGGACAAGACCGCCAACCUGGGCAAAGCCAAGCUGCUGCAUGAGGAAGUGCUGAGCCACAGCAGCACCUUGGAGACCAUCGGCAUCAAGGGAUCCAACAUGGCCGAACACUACGUCACCCAGCUGGAGAUCCAGGACCUGCAGGAGCGCUACUCCGCCGUCAAGGACAAGGCCAAGGCUGCCGUCUGCAAGGCGGAGGAGCUGGUCCUGGCUCACCAGGAGUACCAGCGGGGGCUGCACGUGUUUGAGGAUUGGCUGGAGCAGGAGCAGGAGAGGCUGGGCUGCCACUCCCAGCUGGAGGGAGACGUGGAGACGCUGGAGAGCACGCUGCAGGAGCUGCAGGAGCUGCAGGUGCGCUGCUCGGAGGGCCAGGCCAUGGUGGCCGCGGUGCUGGGGAGCCGGGAGAAGGUGAUCCCCUGGGGGGUCCCCCAAAUUGAGGACCGCGCCCUGGAGACGGUGCAGCAGGAGUGGCGGGCGUACCAGGCCCGUCUGGCCGAGGGCCGGGCGCGGCUCAACGCCGUCAUCGCCAAGCUGCGCCAGAUGGAGCACCAGUUCCAGCGCCUGGACGAGUGGCUGAGGGCCAUGGAGGUCAAAGGUCAGCUGCGAGGGCACCGCCGCUCGGACCGGGCCACCAAGGAGGCGCAGCUGCAGCUGCUGCAGCGCUGGCAGGAGGAGGCGCUGCUGUACCAGGAGGAGGUGGACGGGCUGAGCGCUCUGGCCCAGCAGGUUCUGGAGGAGAUCCACGUCAGCAGCCGGGUCAGCGCCCGGGCCACCCAGCUGACCGCCCGCUACCACGCCCUGCUGCUGCACCUCAUGGAGACCAUCAAGCAGCUGCAGGAGGAGGUGCGAUGCAUCGAGGAGGCGCAGGGCGUCUUCAGCACCUUCUCCGAUUGGCUGAGCACCGCGCAGAGGAACUUCCGGGUGGUCGCCGUCAGCAUCGACGCCGUGGACCGCGUCGCCAUGGACAGGAAGAUGAAGAAACUCGAGGCCCUGCAGAGCGACAUGGAGCCGGGCCACGGCUUCCUGAAGGCCAUGCGGGAGAAGACGGGCCGGGCCAUGGCCUACCUGGAGGAGGAGGAGGCGGAGCAGCUCCGCGGGGAGGUGGAGGCCCGGCUCUCCCAGCUGGAGGAGCUGACGGGGGCGCUGCGGGCGGAGCACAGCGCGCUGGAGAAGUGCCUCCUGCUGUCCAAGGAGUUCCUGGACAAGUACAAGGCCCAGGCCCAGUGGCUGGUGGAGACCCGGGCCCUGCUCAGCUCGCCCGUCGAGCCCAAGGCCGAGCUCUACCAGAAGAAGGCCCAGCUGGCCAAGUAUAAGACCAUCCUGCAGACGGUGCAGUCUCACGAGUCAGCAGUCCGGUCCGUGGUGGAGAAGGGGGAGGCCCUGCUGGACACGGUGCGGGACCCCACCGUCAGCGAGAACAUGACCAAGCUGAGCGCCGACUACCAGGAGCUCUGCACCACGGCCAGGGCCCACGUGGAGACGCUGGCGGGCCGGGUGAAGGAGCACGAGUCCUACAACGGCGACCUGCAGGAGGUGGAGAAGUGGCUCCUGCAGAUGUCCAGCCGGCUGGUCACCUCCGACUCCAUGCAGAGCAGCAGCCUGGAGGUGGCCAUGCAGCUGCUGGCCCGGCACAAGGCCAUAAUGGAGGAGAUCGCGGGUUUCGAGGAGCGCCUGACGAGCCUGAAGGAGAAAGGAGACGACCUUGUGGACAGCUGCAGCGAGCACCUCCAGGCCAAGAGCCGGCAGCAGGUCCAGUCCCAUCAGCAGGGCGCGCGGGACAGCUACUCCGCCAUCUGCAGCACCGCUCAGCGUGUAUACCAGAGUCUGGAUCGGGAGCUACAGAAGCACGUCAGUCACCAGGACACCCUGCAGCAGUGCCAGACGUGGCUCUCCAGCGUUCAGGACGAACUGCAGCUGCACGCGCAGCCUCCCUACAGCCAGCAGGAGGCGCUCAAACAGGUGAAGCACGACCGGGCCCUGCAGGAGCAGGCGAGCACGUACCUGGACCUGGUGUGCUCCGUGUGCGACCUGUCCAACGAGAGCGUGCGGAGCACCGCCGCCCAGAUCCAGCAGCUCAAGCUCAUGAUAGACGAGCGGAUGCGGAGGUCCCAGGACCUGGCGGACAGCUGGAAGGAGGUGCGCGAGCAGAAGUCGGAGUUGGCGGCCUACUUCCAGGAGAAGGAGCAGCAGCUGCAGAGCCUGAACAGGAGGCCCGGGGAGCUGGAGCCCAAAAUCGCCCAGAACAUGCUGGCCCAAGUGAAGGAGUUCAGCCAGCAGCUCCAGGCCAAGCAGGGGGCGCUGACCCAGAUGACGGAGGCGGUGAGCCGGCUGACGGGGGGCCAGGACUCCCCCGAGGACGCGGAGAUCGCCCGGCUCAGCCACGCCUGGCUGGAGCUGUGCCACCAGGCCCGCCGGCUGCUGAAGCAGCGGGAGGAGGACCUGCAGCGGGCCGCCGAGUACCACGGCUGCAUCGGCGCCGUGGAGGGGCUCUUCAGCCAGGUGUCCAAGGAGUGGGACAACCUGGCCAGAACGGACACAGAGAGUUCGUCGGAGCACCUGGAGGCCCUGAGGAAGCUGGCGGGGGUCCUGGAGGAGCAGCGGGGCACCCUGGACGACCUGCGGGACCACCGGCAGAAGGUGCUGCCCCGCCUCAACCUGGACGACAAGGAGCUGGUGAAGGAGCAGGUGGGGCACUUCGAGCAGCGCUGGGCCCAGCUGGAGGCCCUCGUGCAGCGGAAGAUCCAGGACUCGGUGCUGACGCUGGAGGACAUGAGCCAGGUGGAGGCCCGGCUGCGGGAGGCCCGGGAGUGGGCCGAGGAGCAGCAGCCGGCGCUGUCCGAGGCCAUGAAGAUGAGCCCGCCGCCGGAGCUGGCCCAGAGCUUCCUGUUCGACCACCUGAGCAUCUGCAGCGAGCUGGAGGCCAAGCAGCUCCUGCUGGCCCAGGCCGUGGCCGACGCCGACCGGGUGCUGGCCCACCUGGGGCUCAACGAGCGGCAGCGCCUCCAGCAGCUCAUCGCCGAGACCCAGGCCGAGGUGGAGUCGCUGGGCGCCAAGGUGGUCCAGCGCCGGAAGUACCUGAGCAAGGCCUUCACCGAGAGGACCCAGUUCCUGCUGGCCGUGGGCCAGGCCAUCGCCUGGGUCCAGCAGAGCGAGAGGAAGGCGCUGGCCGAGGAGCGGGUGGCCCUGCUGCCCGACGACCUGGGCAAGCAGGUGAGGACGUGCCGGAACAUCCAGAGCAGCCUGCGGGCCUACCAGAGCGAGCUCACCUCGCUGUGGUCCCAGGGCAGGGACCUGAUGAGGGACGCCACGGAGGACGAGAAGGCCGAGCUCCUGGCCAAGCUCCAGGAGCUGCAGAGCACCUUCGAGACGGCCCUGCAGAGGUGCACCCAGAGGCUGCAGGAGCUGGAGAAGGCGCUGGUCUCCAGGAAGUACUUCAAGGUGGACCUGGACAAGACCUGCCAGUGGCUGAAGCAGGCCGACAUAGUCACCUUCCCCGAGAUCAACCUCAUGAAUGGGGACGCCGAGCUCAGCCUGCAGCUGGCCAAGUACCAGCAGAUACUGGAGCAGGCCACCGAGUACGAGAACCUGCUGCUCAUCGUCCAGCGGGCCGGCCAGGAGAUACUGCCCACGCUCAACGAGGUGGACCACUGCUACCUGGACGAGAAGCUAAACGCCCUCCCGCAACAGUACAACAACAUUUUGGCCCUGGCCAAGGAGAAGAGCGAGAAGAUCCAGCAGGUCAUCCUGGGGCGCAGGGAGUACGCCUCCUUCAUCGAGGUGACGCACAAGGCGCUGAAGGAGAUCGAGGAGCAGUUCAGCAUCCUGGGGAGGCAGCCGGUGGGGCUGAGGACGGAGGAGGUGGCGAGCCUCCAGGAGGAGUACAAGAGCCUCCUCGCGGACCUGUCCAACCUCGGCCUGGCCGUGAGCGAGCUCAACCAGAAGAAGGAGGCCUUCCGCAGCACCGGCCAGCCCUGGCGUCCCGAGGAGAUGGUCCAGCUGGUCAGCCUCUACAACGGGCUCAAGAGGCUCGUCGAGCAGAAGGUGGAGCACCUGGGCGACACCCUGGAGUCCUUCGAGGACCACAAGGCCAUGGCCCUGCAGCUGGACUCCGAGCUCAAGGCCACCAAGGAGCAGCUGGUCAAGGUCAACGCCGAGACCCAGUCGGCCGAGGAGCGGCUGAAGAACUACCACUCGCUGGCGGGCACCCUGCAGAGCGCCAGCUCCCGCCUGACCCGGCUGGCGGAGCAGAUGGAGAGCCUGGCGCCCCACGUGGACCAGGCGGCCCACCAGGCCUCGCGGCAGCAGGUGGACCUCUGGCAGGAGGAGCUGCGGUCGCUGCAGGCCUCGGUGGGCGAGCUGAUCGUGGAGUGCGAGAACCGCUUCGUGCAGAGCAAGGACUUCCAGACGGAGGUGCGGCGGACGCUGGACUGGCUCCAGCAGGUGCGGGACGAGCUGGGCGCGGCCGUGGUGCUGGACGUGCGGGUGGAGCGGGUGCAGGAGGAGAUGCGCAAGCAGCAGAUCGUGCAGGAGGAGGUGCAGUCCCGGCUGAGGAUCGUGGCGGCCCUGAGCAGCAGGGAGAAGCAGAAGUACACCAGCGCCAACGAGCUGGUCCCCGCGCACGUGGACACCAGCCUGGAGGAGAUGGCCAAGCUGGAGGCCGACGUCCAGCAGGCGCUCAGCGCCAAACAGGCAAGUUCACCUCCUCAGACUCUUACAUGGUUACACCUCUGUCUGACGUUUAGUCCCUGUGGGCGCACAGUAUGUGCUGAUCACAUCCCUACGCAGUCCGGGGGUAGUAGUAGUAGCAGCAGUAGGUUGGCUUUCAUCAUGAUGAUGAUCAUUAUUAACAGUAGUUGUAUGGUGAUUAUUAUGAUGAUGAUGGUGAUGAUGACGAUGACGUUGAUGCCGAUCACGGUGAUGAUGACCGUGAUGGUGAUGAUGGUGAUGAUGAUGAUGACGUUGAUGCCGAUCAUGGUGACGAUGACAGUGAUGGUGAUGGUGAUGAUGAUGAUUAUGACGAUGACGUUGAUGCCGAUCAUGGUGAUGAUGACAGUGAUGGUGAUGAUGAUGACGAUGACGUUGAUGCCGAUCACGGUGACGGUGACAGUGAUGACGGUGACGAUGAUGAUGGUGAUGCGACAGGCGAUGCAGUCGGCCUGCGAUUGGCUGGAGGACGCCGUGGCCUUCCUGCAGCAGGCCAGCCUGGGCGUGGACGUGGAGAACUACGAGGAGCACCUGCGGCAGCAGGGGGACAUCCUGUCCACCGAGGAGGACUUCCUGGGCCACCUGCGGGAGCUGGAGGCUCUCCCUCCCCAGCUGGAGAGCCUGGUCAACCCCUCCGCCAACGAGCAGCUCCGACAGAGCGUGGAGUCGGCGCAGCAGAGGGGCGUGGAGGUCCGGGACCAGCUGCAGUGCCACCAGGACGUCCUGAACAGCUGCGUGGCUCAGUGGAAGGCCUACCAGGAGAGCCGGCAGACGGUGAUCGAGCUGAUGAACGAGGCCGAGAGGAAGCUGACCGAGUUCUCCACCGCCAAGGCCGCCACCAGCCAGGAGGCCGAAGAGAAGCUCAAGAGCCACAAGUCCCUGGUGGCCCUGGUGAGCGGGUUCCACGAGAAGCUGACGGGUUUGGAGGAGCAGGCUGCGCAGCUGGAGCAGAUGGGCAGCGACGCCAGCAAGGCCACCAUCAGCCGCUCCAUGACCACCGUGUGGCAGCGCUGGACCCGCCUGCGCAGCGUGGCGCGCGGGCAGGAGAAGGUUCUGGAAGACACCGCGCUGGAGUGGAGGAGCUUCACUGAGAAGAUGGCGAAGGUGACGGCGGUGGCGGAGGACCUGCAGAGCCGCAUGCCGGACGGCGCGGUGGAGAAGGCCUCCAAGGCGGCGCUGCAGACGCUGCUGGAGUACCACGACUCCUUCAGCCAGGAGGUGGAGCGCGAGCACUCCGCCAUGGCGCUGCUGCGGCAGUACGCCCUCAGCCUGCUGCGCGACGUGGAGGCCCCCCCCCACGGCCAAGACGAGCUGCCCGCCCUGCAGGAAAUCCGCGCCGUGCAGGAGCGCUACGAGAGCCUCCUCCAGCAGGUGCGUAAGAGUCGUGCGCAGGUGCAGCAGGAGCUGAAGGAGAGGGAGGAGGUGGAGCGGGAGCUGGGCGUGGUCAAGACCUGGAUCCAGGACACCUGCGGCCUCCUGCACAGCCCCACCGCCGACGUGGACACCCUCCUGCAGGAGCUGGAGGUGGUGCACGGGGAAGUAAUCGCUCACCGGCAGAACGUGGAGAAAAUAGCCGAGCAGCAGCAGAGCAAGUACCUGGACCUGUACACCAUCCUGCCCUCCGAGAUCUCCAUGCAGCUGGCCGAGGUCACGCUGGCUCUGGGGUCCACCGAGGACCAGGUUCAAGCAAAGGAAAGAGAGAUCCAGCAGAUCAGAGACGUCAAGGAGGACUUCAGCUCCAGGAUCCACGACGUCUCAGAGAAGAUGAGGAUCAUAUCCUUAAAGCUGAAGGAGAAAGCCACAGACGUGGCUCAAGCCAAAGAAGAAACAAAGGCCCUCUGUGAGGAUCUGGACGCCUGCGGCCGCGCCCUGUCCGAGCUGGAGGCCGCCGUGCGGGAGUUCGGCGAGCAGAACCCGCUGCUGUCCAAGCAGCUGAGCGACGCCAUCGGCAAGCUGAGGGAGAUCCACCACCAUACGGGCCGGCUGGCCGACUACCGCACCGCCCGGCUCAAGAAGGCUGACUCGCAUUUGGACGAGUUCAACGAGAUGCUGGACUUCAUCGUGAACUGGACGGAGAAGGCCACCGCCCUGGUCAAGGGGAACAUCGUCUGGAGCUCCGCCUCUCAGCUGCAGGAGCAAAUCAGAACAUACCAGUCGGUCCUGCGGGAGUCGCGGGAGCUCCCCGGGGACCUGGAGGUGAUGGGGGAGAAGGCGGCCGUUCUGUCCGAGGUGCUGCAGACGGAGGCCAUGAGUCAGCAGGUGUCCGAGCUGAGCCGGUGCACGGAGGAGCUGCAGCAGAGCGUCCGCACGCGGCUGCAGAGCCUGCAGGACGCAGCCAAGGACAUGGAGAGGUUCGAGUGCGAGGUCAAGGCCCUGCAUGCGGCGCUGGAGCAGGCCCAGGUCACGCUCACCUCCCCAGACCUGGCCAGGCUCAGCCUGAAGGAGCAGCUGGCCCAGAGACAGCGGCUGCUGACGGAGAUGGAGAGCUUUAAGCAGCAGGUGCAGGCGGUGCAGGUGUGCCAGAGCGGCCUGCGCAUCCCGGAGGAGGUGGUGACCAGCCUGUCCAUCUGCCGCACCGCCAUCGGCCUGCAGCAGGAGGCCAGCCACCUGCAGCACACCGCCAUCCAGCAGUGCAACAUCCUGCAGGAGGCCGUGGUGCAGUACGAGCAGUACGAACAGGAAGUGAGGCACCUGCAGCGUCUGAUCGAGGAGGCUCACCGCGUCAUCCAGGACCGGCCCGUCUCCACGAGCAACAUCCAGGAGCUGCAGGCCCAGAUCCUGCACCACGAGGAGCUGGCCCAGAAGAUCCGCGGCUACCAGGAGCAGAUCGCCUCGCUCAACUCCAAGUGCAAGAUGCUGACGAUGAAGGCCAAGCACGCCACCAUGCUCCUCACCGUCACCGAGGUGGAGGGGCUCUCCGAGGGGCUGGAUGAGCUGGACCCCGAGGUGCUCCCCAAAAACCCGCCCGCGCACCCCUCCGUGGUCAUGAUGACUGCCGGACGCUGUCACACCCUCCUCUCCCCCGUAACCGAGGAGUCCGGGGAAGAGGGCACCAACAGCGAGGUCUCCUCCCCGCCCGCCUGCCGCUCCCGCCGUGACGCGCCAGGUCCGCCGCCCAAUCCGCGCAUCCGGGCCAGUUGUAAUCUGGCCUCUGUGGGACGAGCGCCCCUCAGCAGGGCCCCUCUCCAGGAGCUCUACGACCCCUCGCUGGACUCCGUCGCCGUGGCCAACCUGGACGACCUGCAGCGCUCGUGGGAGACGCUGAAGAACGUGAUCAGCGAGAAGCAGAAGACGCUGUACGAGGCCCUGGAGCGGCAGCAGCACUACCAGGACUCCCUGCAGUCCAUCUCCACCAAGAUGGAGUCCGUCGAGGUCAAGUUGAACGAGUCCUUGGAGCCGGCCCGGAGCCCCGAGAGCCAGAUGGCGGGCCACCAGGCUCUGAUGGACGAGAUCCUGAUGCUCCAGGACGAGAUCAACGAGCUGCAGACGUGCUUCGCCGAGGAGCUGGUCUCCGACAGCAUGGACGCUGACACGGCGGACCAGCUGGCCAUGCAGUCCACCCUGACCGUGCUGGCCGAGAGGAUGGCCACCAUCCGCAUGAAGGCUUCCGGGAAACGCCAGCUCCUGGAGGAGCGGCUGAGCGACCAGCUGGAGGAGCAGCGGCAGGUGCAGGCCCUGCAGCGCUGUCGCACGGAGGCCGACGAGCUGGACCAAUGGCUGCUCGCCACCCGCACUUCCAUAAGCUCCGCCCUCCGGCCUAGCCCCACCCACCUGGAAAUGGACAUGGAGGAGCAGCUAAUCAGCUGCCAGGACAUGCUGCUGGAGAUCGAGCAGAAGGUGGCGGUGCUGGCGGAGCUGUCGGUGCACAGCGAGAGCCUGCUGCUGGAGGGGAAGGCCCAGACGCGCGAGGAGGGCGAGCAGCUGGCCGUCCGGCUGCGCAGCCUGAAGAGCAGCCUGCUGGAGCUGCAGAGGAUGCUGCUGGACAAGCAGAUCAACAUACAGGGCUGCCUGCAGGAGCAGGAGGACAUCGAGCCGGACUCGGCCCUGUCCCAGAGCCCCAGUGUGCAGGACUGGCUGGCCCAGGCCCGCUCCACCCGGUCCCUGCAGCACCAGGACAGCGUGCAGCGGCAGAAGGAGCUGGAGGAGCAGCUGGACAAGCAGAAGAAGCUCCUGAAGUCCGUCGCCAGCCUGGGGGAGGAGAUUCUGACCCAGCAGGCCACGCCCAACGGAGCCAGUCCUGCGGAGUCCGUGCCCCGGGAGCUGGGUCUGGAGCAGGAGAACCAGGCCGCUCUGGAUCAGAUGAGGCAGAAGUGGGAGAGCCUGAGCAAAGAGCUGAGCACCAAGCUGCAGCUCCUGCACAGCACGGUGGAGCAGGACAGCAAGCAGCCUGUGUACAACAGGCCCAGCAGAGUCACCACCUCCGGGCCUUCGUUCAAAGGAGAGGCGCAGGCUCAGGACAAAUCGUCCCUCAAAUCUCUGUUUGGGGAUUUCAGCCAGGCUUACGAAGAGGCGCGCUCGCAGCCAGGGGGCGCUGAGAAGCAGGGCAUUCACCUGGAGCAGCAGCUCUACGCCGCUGUGUCGGCCAGCUCCUCCUGGCUGGACGGCGUGGAGAACAGCCUGUUCUCCGGACCCGUGCUGCUGGCGGAGGACACGGAAACGCACCUCUGUAACCAGGAGGCUUUGAAGAAGGAUCUGGCAGAGGUGACGGAGGAGGUGGGGAGGAGCAGGGAGGUGCUGGGGAGUGAGGAGGGGCUGGGGGGUGAGGACCAGGAGGUGAUGGAGGAGACGCUGGACUACCUGGCUGCGCGACUCGGGUCCCUGGACUCAGUGGUGGGCCAGCAUUGUGAGGACACCAGGAGACGCAUGCAGGAGCUCGCUGCCUUUCAGACGGAGUUGCGGCUGCUCUUCACGGCUCUGAGUGAGACCAGAUACCAGGUCCUGCAGACUCUUACCGAGGCUCUGGACCGGCCGGCCUCCAAACAGAUGGAGUGCAUCUCGGAGGCAGAGGACAGUCUGAGGGAGAUUGAGCAGAGGAUCUGCGAGCUCAAAUCCACGGGAGAGGAGCUACAGCCCGACCAGGGCUCAACGCAAGAGCUGCUCAAGCUGCAGGACAUGUAUGAGGAGCUGGUGCUGACCGUGGGCUCGCGCUGCAGCGGGCUGAACCAGAACCUGGCGCUGAAGGCCCAGUACGAGCGCGCCCUGCAGGACCUGGCCGACCUCAUCGACACCGCUCAGGACAAGAUGGCCGCCGACCAGAAGAUGAUGGCCGGCUCGGUGGCAGAGGUCCAGAACCUGCUGGACAAGCACAAAGAGUUCUUCCAGGGCCUGGAGUCCCACAUGAUCCUGACGGAGACGUUCUUCCGGAAGAUCAGCAGCUUCCUGCUCCCGCGGGAGAGCCAGACUCUGGAGGAGACCAUGGCCCAGGCACAGGGGGUCCUCAAACAGGCCCACAAGAGGGGUGUGGAGCUGGAGUACAUCCUGGAGUCCUGGAGCAGUCUGGAGCAGGACUACCAGGCCCUGCACCGGCAGCUGGAGACAGUAGAGGGCAGCAUCCCCAUCGUGGGUCUGGUGGAGGAGACCGAGGAGAGACUGACCGAGAGAAUCGCCCUAUAUCAGCGACUGAAGCUGAACUUGACGCAGCACCAGCACCAGCUGUACCAGGUUCUGGAGGACGGGAAGAGGCUGCUGCUGUCAGUGUGCUGCUCGGACCUGGAGAACCAGCUCACCCAGCUGGGGGAGCACUGGCUCAACAGCACCACCAAGGUCAACAAGGAGCUGCACCGGCUGGACUCCAUCCUCAAGCACUGGACACGAUACCAGACCGAGUCGUCCGAGCUGAACCAGUGGUUGCGGUCCGCUCUGGACCGCCUGGAGUUUUGGACCACCCAGUCGGUGACCGUGCCCCAGGAGCUUGAGACCGUCAGGGACCACCUUCUGGCCUUCCUGGACUUCUCCAAGGAAGUGGACGCCAAGUCAUCGCUGAAGUCGUCGGUGCUGAGCACGGGCAACCAGCUGAUGCGGCUGAAGAAGGUGGACACGGCGGGGCUGCGGGCGGCUUUGGCGCAGGUGGACACGCAGUGGGCCGAGCUGCUCACGCGCAUCCCCGUGGUGCAGGAGAAGCUGCACCAGCUCCAGAUGGAGAAGCUGGCGUCUAGGCACGCCAUCACCGAGUUGAUGAGCUGGAUCUCGCUGAUGGAGAACGUGAUGGAGGAGGACCAGGAGAAGAUCCGCGGGGUGGUGGGGUCCCAGGCCAUCCGGGACUACCUGCAGAAGUACAAGGGCUUCAAGAUCGAUGUGAACUGCAAGCAGCUGACCGUGGACUUCGUGAACCAGUCGGUCCUGCAGAUCAGCAGCCAGGAUGUGGAGAGCAAGCGGAGCGACAAGACCGACUUCGCCGAGAGGCUGGGCGCCAUGAACCGCCGCUGGCAGAUUCUGCAGGGCCUCAUUACCGAGAAGAUCCAGAUGCUGGAGUCUCUGCUGGAGGCGUGGCUGGAGUACGAGAGCAACGUGCAGACCCUGAAGACCUGGUUCACCGCGCAGGAGGAGAAGCUGAAGAAAAAGCACCGGAUAGAGGACCUGGCCUCGGUGCAGAAUGCCCUGAAAGACUGCCAGGAGCUGGAGGAGUUGGUGAAGGAGAAAGAGAGGGAGGUGGAGAAGGUGGAGGAGCGGGGCUGCGCUCUCAUCCAGAACAAGAAGGAGGAGGCGUGCGCCGUCGUCAUGGACGCGCUCCAGGGGCUCAAUCACAGCUGGGCCAACCUGGACCACCUGAUCGGACAGCUGAAGAUCAGCCUGAAGUCCGUGCUGGACCAGUGGAACGUGUACAGGCGGGCAUCCGAGGAGAUCAACGGCUACCUGAUGGAGGGGCGGUACUCCGUGUCCCGGUUCCGCCUCCUCACCGGCUCUCUGGAGGCCGUCCAGGUGCAGGUGGAGAACCUGCAGAACCUGCAGGAGGAGCUAGAGAAGCAGGAGAGCAGCCUGAGGAGGUUCGGCUCGGUCACGCACCAGCUGCUGAAGGAGUGCCACCCGUCCGUCGCCGACACCCUCAACACCACCCUCAAGGACGUCAACAUGAGGUGGAACGGCCUGCUGGAGGAGAUCGCGGAGCGGCUGAAGAGCAGCAAGGCGCUGCUGCAGCUGUGGCAGCGCUACAAGGGGCUGUGCGGCCAGAGCGCCGCCGGCGUGCAGCGGCAGGAGGAGCGGGCCGACCACCUGCUGAAGACCGCCGCCAACAAGGACAUCUCCGACCAGGAAGUGAGCGCCUGGAUACAGGACUGCAGCGAGCUCCUGCGGACCCAGAAGGCAGUGCAGGACUCCCUGCAUGUGCUGUACGAGCUGGGAGAGCAGCUCAAGCACCAGGUGGACGCCUCCGCCGUGGCCGCCAUCCAGUCGGACCGCCUGUCCCUCACGCAGCGCCUGGGAGUGGUGGAGCAGGCCCUCACCAGGCAGCAAGCGGUACUGCAGGCUGGGGUGCAGGACUUUGAGACUUUCGGCGCGCAGCUGGAGUCUCUGAGCUGCUGGGCGACGGAGGCGGAGGAGCUCCUGAAGGGGCAGGACCCCGGGCGGUCCUCUGACCUGUCAAUCAUACAGGACCGCAUGGAGGAGCUCAGGGCCCAGAUGCUGAAAUUCAGCAGCAUGUCCCCGGACCUGGAGCGACUGAACGAACUGGGCUACAGGCUGCCGCUCAGCGACAAGGAGAUCAAGCUCUUGCAGAACCUCAACCGGACCUGGUCCGCCACCUCUGCCCAGACAACCGAGAGAUUCAGCAAGCUACAGGCCUUUCUGCUGCAGCACCAGACCUUCCUGGAGAAGUGCGAGACGUGGAUGGAGUUCCUGACGCAGACGGAGGAGAAGCUGGCGUCGGAGAUCUCCGGAAACUUCCAGAGCUUGCUGGAGCAGCAGAGGGCCCACGAGCUGUUCCAGGCUGAGAUGUUCAGCAGGCAGCAGAUCCUGCACUCGAUCAUCAGCGAUGGACAGAAGCUCCUGGAGCAAGGACAGGUGGACGACAGGGACGAGUUUAACCUGAAGCUGGCGCUGCUGAGUAACCAGUGGCAGGGCGUGGUGCGCCGAGCCCAGCAGAGGCGGGGCAUCAUCGACAGCCUGAUCCGCCAGUGGCAGCGCUACCACGAGAUGGCCGACAAGCUGCGCCGGUGGCUGCUGGAGGUGUCCCACCAGGCCGAAGUCGUCCAGGAGGGGGCGCCGGUGCCCCUGCAGCAGGCCCGCGCCAUGCUGGACGAGGUCCAGCUGAAGGAGAAGGUGCUCCAGCGGCAGCACGGCAGUUACAUCCUGACGGUGGACGCCGGGCGGCAGCUGUUGCUAAGCGCGGACAGCAGGGCGGAGACGGCGCUGCACGCCGAGCUCACCGACAUGCAGGAGCGCUGGCGGCACGCCAACAUGCGCCUGGACGAGCAGAAGAGGGAGCUGCUCACCCUGCUCAAGGACUGGGAGAGGUGUGAGAAGGGCAUCGCCGCCUCGCUGGAGCGACUCCGGGCCUUCAAGCGGAAGCUGUGGCUGCCCUUACCUGAGCACCAGGAGGAGCUGCACGCAGAACAGAUCCGCUGCAAGGAGCUGGAGAACACUUUCGACGGCUGGACGGAGGACCUGUCCCACCUGGUCCGGCUGAAGGAGUCCCUGUCCAGCUACAUCAGCGCCGACGACCUGUCUGUGCUGCAGGAGAGGAUCGAGCUCCUGCAGAGGCAGUGGGAGGAGAUCUGCCACCAGCUUUCUCUGCGCAAGCAGCAGGUGAGUGAGAAGCUGAAUGAGUGGGCCGUGUUCAACGAGAAGAACAAGGAGCUGUGCGAGUGGCUGACGCAGAUGGAGAGCAAGGUCUCCCAGAACGGCGACAUCAGCAUCGAGGAGAUGAUCGAGAAACUGCGCAAGGACUAUCAGGAAGAGAUAGCCAUGGCGGAGGAGAACAAGCUACAGCUUCAGCAAAUGGGAGAGCGUCUGGCCAAGGCCAGCCAGGACAGCAAAGCCUCCGAGAUCCAGUACAAGCUCGGCAAGGUCAGCGAGCGCUGGCAGCACCUGCUGGACCUCAUCGGAGCCAGGGUGAAGAAGCUGCGGGAGACGCUGGUUGCCGUGCAGCAGCUGGAUAAGAACAUGAGCAGCCUGCGCUCCUGGUUGGCCCACAUCGAGACAGAGCUGUCCCGCCCCAUCGUCUACGACACCUGCGACGCCCAGGAGAUCCAGAGGAAGCUCAGCCAGCAGCAGGACCUGCAGCGGGACAUCGAGAAGCACAGCACGGGCGUGGCGUCGGUGCUGAACCUGUGCGAGGUGCUGCUGCACGACUGCGACGCCUGCGCCACGGAGACGGAGUGCGACUCCAUCCAGCAGGCCACGCGCGGCCUGGACCGCCGCUGGAGGAACAUCUGCGCCGUCAGCAUGGAGCGCAGGCUCAAGAUUGAGGAGACGUGGCGGCUGUGGCAGAAGUUCCUGGACGACUUUUCGCGCUUCGAGGACUGGCUGAAGAGCUCGGAGAAGAUGGCGGCCCUCCCCAACUCGUCGGGGGUGCUGUACACGGUGGCCAAAGAGGAGCUGAAGAAGUUUGAGGCCUUCCAGAGACAGGUCCACGAGAGCCUGACCCAGCUGGAGCUCAUCAACAAGCAGUACCGGCGCCUGGCCCGGGAGAACCGCACCGACUCGUCCUGCCGGCUCCGCGAAAUGGUGCAUGAUGGGAACCAGCGCUGGGACUACCUGCAGAAGAGGGUGGCGUCCAUCUUGCGGAGGUUAAAGCACUUUAUCACCCAGAGGGAGGAGUUUGAGACGGCCAGGGACAGCAUCCUGGUGUGGCUCACGGAGAUGGACCUCCAGCUGACCAACAUCGAGCACUUCUCAGAGUGCGACAUCCAGGCCAAAAUCAGACAGCUCAGGGCCUUCCAGCAGGAGAUCUCCCUGAACGCGGGCAAGAUCGAGCACGUCUUCCACCAGGGGGAGGCGCUGAUCGAGAAGAGCGAGCCGCUGGACGCCGCCGUCAUCGAGGAGGAGCUGGAGGAGCUGCAGCGCUACUGCCAGGAGGUCUUCGGCCGCGUGGAGCGCUACUACAAGAAGCUGACGCGCCUGCCGCUGACAGACGACGAGCACGACGUUUCGGACCGCGAGCUGGACCUGGACGAGGGCGGGGACCUGUCCAGCCUGCCCUGGACAGAGGGGGCGAGCGGCAGCCCCACCUCGCCCCUCCCCUCCUCCAGCCGCUCCGCCUCCGCCUCCCUGGCCCCGCCCGCUCGGGCAGAACGUUCCGGAAGGGACACGCCCGCCAGCGUGGACUCCAUCCCGCUGGAGUGGGACCACGACUACGACCUGAGCCGGGGUUUGGGGUCCGAGACGGGGGAGCGGUCCCGGGACGACGGGGAGGAGUUCCACAGGCACGCCGGCGCCACGCUGUCAGUGGAGCCCGGCACCCUGGAGGCGCACAUCCGGCAGCUGGACAAGACGCUGGAGCCCGGUCGGUUCCUCCCGCAGCCGGCUGAGGGCGUGGCACGGAGCCCCACCGGCUCGGAGCCGGACGCCAGCUACAUGGGCUACAUGAGGCUGCUGGGAGAAUGCCGCAGCAACAUCGACGCGGUCAAAAGGGUGGGCGGUGAGCUGAAGGAGGAGGAGGACGAGCCGUCGGGUCUGAUCAACCUGACCGGGACGGAGUCACAGACCUCAGGUGUGAUCGAGCGCUGGGAGCUUCUCCAGGCCCAGGAGCUGCAGCAGAAGCAGAACCUCCAGCAGUGGCAGCAGUUCAACUCCGACCUGGACAACGUGUGGGCGUGGCUAGGGCAGGCGGAGGCGGAGCUGGAGCAGCAGCGCGGGCUGGACCGCAGCACGGACAUCCACACCAUCGAGCAGCGCAUCAAGAAGCUCAAGGAGCUGCAGAAGGCCGUGGACGCGCGCAAGGCCAUCGUUCUGUCCAUAAACCUGUGCAGCGGCGAGUUCCUGCGGGGCGAGGCUGAGUCCUCGCGCCGGCUCCAGGCGCGGCUGAAGGAGAUGAACGCGCGCUGGGACCGGCUGGGCGCCGCGCUGGAGGAGUGGAGGGGCACCCUGCAGGACGCCCUCAUGCAGUGCCAGGAUUUCCAUGAGAUGAGUCACGGUCUGCUGCUGUGGUUGGAGAACAUCGACCGCAGGAGGAACGAGAUCGUCCCCAUCGACCACAGCGCCGACAGCGACACGCUCCACGAGCACCACCGGACGCUCACUCAAAUUCGGCGUGAGCUGCUGGACUCCCAGCUGAAGGUGUCCUCCCUGCAGGACAUGUCCCGGCAGCUGCUGGUGCAGUCGGAGGGCGGGGACUGCCUGGAGGCCAAGGAGAAGGUGCACGUGAUCGGGAACCGGCUCAAGCUGCUCCUGAAGGAGGUGACGCGGGACCUCCGCGGGCUGGAGAAGACCCUGGAGAUCACCAGCAGCCAGCAGGACCUCUUGUCUUGGUCGUCGGCCGACGAGCUGGACACGUCGGGGUCGGCCAGCCCGGCGUCGGGCCGAAGCACGCCGAGCCGGCGCCCGUCGCCACGGGGCAAAUGUAGUGUGUCUCAGCCUGGACCCUCUGUCAGCCGCCCACUCCGCAGGUCUCCCAGAGGCGCUGGGUCCGCUUCCUCCCGUUCUGACGCGCAGCCGGCGCCCCGGAGACCGUCUUUCUUCCUGCGCGUGCUGCGCGCGGCGCUGCCCCUCCAGCUCCUGCUGCUGCUGAUCAUCGGCCUGGCCUGCCUCGUGCCCAUGACGGAGGAGGACUUCAGCUGCACCCACUCCAACAACUUCGCCCGCUCCUUCCACCCCAUGCUGCGCUACACCAACGGCCCGCCGCCCAUAUGAAAGCGGAAAUUAAAAAAAAAAAAAAAAAAAACGCCGACCGACCCAACGGUUUAUUUUUUACUUUUUUUUUUAUAACAGUCGUAACUGUUAUUUUUUUUUCGAGUUUCCGUGAAAACGGCAAAAGAAGAAGAAGCACUAUUUACAACGGUAGCCAAAGUCGAACUGUGCUGUGUCUUUGUACAGCGGAAAACAGCUGCUAUUUGUGUUUUAAUCGAUCUGCGUAGAUGUUAGGAUCAAGCGCGGCGCACUCGCGGGUUUGCUGUGGCCUACGUCAAAAUUGCGAGAUGGGGAAAAAAAAAAUAAUAUUUGAAAUGAAAUUACUAGCCUCCUUCACAUACCAAAAAACGGGGGCGCGAGAAGAAGAGUGUCCAUUAACGAUAUUGGAUAGCACUGACGUAAGCACUGUUUUAGAUACGGCUCUUGUGUUGCUCUGGUCCGAGGCUAUGAUGUCUUCCUUUUAAGUGAAGAAAAGUAUUUUUACAUCAGUGUUUUAAGUAUUAAAAAAGUGAACUCACUCAUAUGAAUUUAAUGAUCUGUAAAAUAACAUUUUAAAUAGCUUAUAUAUGGCAAUUAUUUUUUAUAUUUUUCCUUUUGGCAUGCAGUUGUAAUCGUUGCUUUGAAAGCGAACAAUCACCGGUAGCUUGUGAGCAGGUACAUUCGAAAGGCUAGUUUUUAAUAAUGAUCAUAACUGGAUGUGCAAAUUGAGAUUCACUGGAUUUUGCGUGAUGAUGCUAUGUAUAAAAAAUGGAAAUGAUGAAAAAGGUUAUUUAACUAUGUACAGUUUGCUAAUGCUGACCCAAGAACUUUGUUUGCAUUUAAUAUACACAUACAUACAAUAUGCAAAUGUAUUCAUGAUUGUUUUUUUUAUUUUACUUUGGUGAUGUAGAAAAUUAUUAAAUAUAAACUCAAAUGAAUACCGUUUAUGAUCAUAUUCAACCAUGAAAUUCUUUAAUAAAACUUCGUCCAUACAAAUAUGCAGCACAUUCACAUGUAGCCUAUAGUAUACAGAGUGCAUGUUGCUCAUGGUAUACAAUACACAUACACAUGUAUUUUUAAAUCAAUAUCACACGACUCUUAACGGUGAUUGGUGGAUACUUUCUGGCUAUACUUCGACAAUCCUUGAGGCAAUUAUCAGGAAGUAGCCUACAAUAAAAACCUACAAUACAUAUUAACUGCAGUUUGUGUCAUGGAUACAAACAUUGAUGCUAUUGUCAUGGUAUAUGGCAUAAGUUGUAAAAUUACAAUGAAUUAAUAUGUAUAUAUAUAAUUACACACAUUUCAUUACAAUAACAUAUUUAUAAAUGUGGACAGGUUCCCAUCAGGAGUCCAGAAUAACACAUUUUCAUUUUAAUCGCAUUUAUUCAUAGCAGGGCAUAAUGUUUUAAAAAAAACUCACAUUAUGUAAGCGUUUGCCUGUCUCAAGGAGAGUUUUAUUUUCACAGGUGCGAAGCAAAAAAUGUUUCCUUAAACAACUUUAAAGAAGCAUUCAUGUUAAUCAAGAAAACAGGCAUACACGUUUUUGUUUUUUUGUUUAGUUUUU